UUUAACAUUUUACUUUUGAAGACAGGAAGGCUGAAAACACGGAACUAGGUAAUUUGCUAUUCUAGUGAAAUUAACCGCAAACCUGAAUUAAAAUACUGUCGGUUUAACCUCAUAAUCAAAGUUUCGGGCAUUUGGUGCUGCAAGUUGACGUAAUACGGAAUUUUAGUAGCGUUGUUAUUUGUUUAUGCGGACUGUGGUGCAAUCCACCGGUUACGAUGUUGGUUUGCCUUAUAAGCGAGCGCUGCGAAAGCGGGCCGCUCAUUUCGAUCAAACCUACGAUGUCGGACGUUGACAACGGCUCCCCAGUCGACGAAGUUUGCUUGCUCGAUAUGGACGCUUGCUAUGAAACUUUUGACAAAGAUGGAGAUGGGCAGUUGAAUUUCGAUGAGUUCCGUCUUAUCUGCAAGGCGUUGUUCCGCAACGACAAGGGGCACAUCUACCCUUUGCCGGAAGACAGAGCGCGGCAUGUCUUCCAGAUCUUCGACAAGAAUGAUGAUGGCUUCAUUGAUAAAGAAGAGUUUACCUUUUGCUGGAACCAUUGGAUUAAAGUUAUCGUGCGUCCUGUGAGCGCAUUCCUGGUGGUGGAUGUGCAGAACGACUUCAUCUCUGGCACCCUCAACAUCAGCAAGUGCAACGCGCAGCAAGAUGGCAGCGAGGUGGUUGAACCUAUCAACCGUCUACUGGAAACAGUGCCGUUCGAGUGCGUGUUCUACUCACUGGACUGGCAUCCGCCGGACCACGUAUCCUUUAUCGACAACGUGCAUAUGCGCGAGCUGCAUGUCUCCAGUCCGGUGUCGGCUGACAAGGCGCAGGCGUAUGACACGGUGGUGUUCGCGGGCCCGCCGCCCAUGAAGCAGCGCCUGUGGCCCAGACACUGUGUGCAGGACUCCUGGGGCGCGGAGCUGCACAGGGACCUCAAGGUGUUAGAUGGUGCGGUGAAGGUGUACAAAGGCACCAACUCUGAGGUGGACUCGUACUCAGUGUUCUGGGACAACAAGAAGCUGACGGACACCAACUUGAGCAUGCAGCUGCGCGCGCGCGGCGUCACCGACAUAUACAUCUGUGGUCUCGCUUACGACGUCUGCGUCGGAGCGACGAUAGCGGACGCGCUGGCGAUUGGUUACCGCUCGGUGCUGGUGGACGACGCCAGCCGCGGAGUAGACCUCGCAGACAUCGAGAAGACCAAAGCCACCAUACUCACCAACCACGGGGUCAUCGUUGACUCGGAACAGGUGUUGGCAAUGGUCGAGGGUCGUGACCGUCGACCUGAGUUAGGUUACAAACUGGCCAUGGAACUGAAGCACGCCAUGGAAGACCAGGAUUAGAUCCAGAUCUUGUACCUCCACCAGUUCUAGAUCCCAAGAAGUCACAAGCCAUCUUUAGCAUAUCAGUUCCUAUCCUCGGAGGGUUUUUUUAGUAUGGCAACAUUUUGUGUGAUAUAAGUUAUAUAUUUUGAAAAUAAUCUGACUUUAUAUACGUUAAUUAUAUACAUUUGAAGCAGAAUAAGUUAGCUUGAAUUAAUCAAAUGGCGAUACAUUAAAUGUUAAGCUUUUUCCUAUUUAAUAGAUCUGAUUAUUUAUUGUUUUACGUAUAAAAUUAUUUAUUUAUUUGUGAAAAUGUAUAGAUUUUAGUGACUGCAUUUAAUUUGGUCUUGAUACUUAAUAUUUUUGACAAUUUGAAUGACAUUAGGUUUGACCUCCGAGGAAUAUUUAUUAUUUAUUUAUUUAUUGUUUCGUCUGCUGGACAGAUUAUUUUUAAUCCUGUAAUAUUUAUUUAAUUAGAAAAACUAAAUAAAAUGCGUCAAUGACAAUACUUAGGAAAAUAUAAAAUUGUCUGUGGUCGAUUUUAGCUUAGAUCCUAAUUAGUAUUAGGUGAAUUUUUGCUGUUUGUAUUUAUUAGACAAAAGUACGAAGUUAUGCACCUCGUGUGAAAUAUUUAUAGUAAUAGAGGUUUAGGUGAAGUUGGUAGUUUAGUUUGUGCAACAUAUCAUUAGAACUGAAUAUCCUCAAAUGGCAUUCGUAAGGAAUGUAAACACCAUAGUGAUUGGUUUAUAUAACUAUCCAAUUCUUCUAUCCUUCAGUUAAACAUUAAGGAAAUAAAGGUUAUUGGUACCUGCAGUAACUUUUUAAAACAAUAAGAAAUAAGUAUCCGACUCGAAGGACCAUAAACUGUUUAAUUUUAUUACU